UACAGCGAAGGAGGGUGCGAAAAAAAGAAGCAGCUACCUGUCUGUCCUGGACGAGUCAGAUGCCCAAUUUCAUGAUCAGAAGGCACCGGUAACAAGUGACGAAUCCUUCGCGCAAAGCUCACUUUCCCCCCCCCCCACAAGACGGACAAUUCGGAUAAGAGACAAUGGAAGAUGUCUACCGCUAUACUCGAAGCCCCGUGUGGGAAGAACUGGAGCCGGAGAAGGGAGCCCCUUCCACCGCGGGCAUUGGCAGCGCCGGGAUUCACCAGCACGUCGUCGGCGCCGUGGGGGGACCAGGUACGGCGGACGAGUCCUCAGACAGCGAAGGAGAGCAAGAAGGCCCCCAGAAACUCAUCAGGAAAGUGUCCACCUCCGGGCAAAUCAGGAGCAAGACGAGCAUAAAGGAGGGCCUACUACUGAAACAGACCAGCUCCUUCCAGCGAUGGAAAAAGCGCUACUUCAAACUGAGGGGCAGAACGCUCUACUAUGCCAAGGACUCCAAGGGGGGCGGCGUGCUGUCCCGGUGGCAGGAGCGGGCCUACCGGGUGUCGCGGAGCCGCGUGUGCUGGAGGGUGCUGUCCGUGUGCUGGACGGGGCCCCGCCACGCCCCCCAGCCCCUGGGCACCAGCGGCUCGGAGGAAGGGUUGGUGGCAGUCCGGUCUCUCAUUUUUGACGAAGUGGAUCUGUCCGAUGCCAGCGUUGCGGAAUCAAGCACCAAGAAUGUCAACAACAGCUUUACGGUCAUCACUCCCUUCCGACGGCUCAUCCUCUGCGCCGAGACUCGGAAGGAGAUGGAGGACUGGAUCAGCUCGCUCAAGUCCGUCCAGUCCAGAGAGCACUACGAGACGGCACAGUUUAAUGUGGAACAUUUCUCAGGGAUGCACAACUGGUACGCCUGCUCCCACGCCCGCCCCACCUUCUGCAACGUCUGCAGGGACAGCCUGUCAGGGGUGACCUCCCAUGGCCUCUCCUGCGAAGUGUGCAAAUUCAAAGCCCAUAAGCGGUGCGCCGUCAGGGCCACGAACAACUGCAAAUGGACGACGCUGGCCUCCAUCGGGAAGGACAUCAUCGAGGAUGAGGACGGGAUCGCCAUGCCGCACCAGUGGAUGGAGGGGAACCUGCCGGUCAGCGCCAGGUGCGCGGUGUGCGACAAGACCUGCGGGAGCGUCCUGAGGCUGCAGGACUGGCGCUGCCUCUGGUGCAAGGCCAUGGUACACACGGCCUGCAUGGACCUGUAUCCCCGGAAGUGUCCCCUGGGUCAGUGCAAAGUGUCCAUCAUCCCUCCCACGGCCCUCAACAGCAUCGACUCGGACGGCUUCUGGAAGGCCACCUGUCCCCCGUCCUGUGCCAGCCCGCUCCUCGUCUUCGUCAACUCCAAGAGCGGGGACAACCAGGGGGUGAAGUUCCUGCGUCGCUUCAAGCAGCUGCUCAACCCGGCGCAGGUGUUUGACCUGGUCAAUGGUGGGCCGCACUUAGGCUUACGGUUGUUCCAAAAGUUUGACAACUUCAGGAUCCUGGUGUGCGGGGGAGAUGGGAGCGUGGGCUGGGUCCUGUCCGAAAUCGAUAAGCUGAACCUUCACAAACAGUGCCAGCUGGGGGUGCUGCCCCUGGGGACAGGAAAUGACCUCGCCCGGGUGCUGGGAUGGGGGCCAUCUUGUGACGACGACGCACAGCUGCCCCAGAUCCUGGAGAAGCUGGAGAGAGCGAGCACCAAGAUGCUGGACAGGUGGAGUAUAAUGACGUACGAGAUUAAAAUACCUCCCAAGCACAUCUGCGCGGUCACCCCGGGAGGGUCUGAGGAGUGCCAGUUUCAGAUUUCAGCCUACGAAGAUUCUGUAGCUGCUCACCUCACCAAGAUCCUCAACUCAGACCAGCACUCUGUGGUCAUAUCCUCUGCAAAGGUUCUGUGUGAAACGGUGAAGGACUUUGUGGCCAAAGUGGGGAAGUCGUAUGAGAAAAGCACAGAGAACACCGAGGAAGCGGAGAACAUGUCCCUUAAAUGUGCCAUCCUCAACGAGAAGCUGGACUCGCUCCUCCAGACCCUGAACACGGAGGCGCAGGCCAUGCCCCGCCCGGCCCACACCACCCCGCCCAUCGUGGAGGAGGAGCUGGAGGAGGAGGAGGAGGAGGCGGAGUCCGUGGAGGCGCCGAGCGAGGAGUCGCUGUCGGAGCUGAAGGAGAGCGCGGCGGAGAAGAGCUCCGCCCCCCACGCCGUGUUCCGGCCCCGCGAGCAGCUGAUGCUGCGCGCCAACAGCCUGAAGAAGGCCGUCAGGCAGAUCAUCGAGCAGGCCGAGAAAGUGGUCGAUGAGCAGAACGCCCACACGGAAGGACAGCAGGAUUUGCAGUCGCCCGUCGAGUUUAAAAAGGAGGCCGAGGACGAAGACAAGGACAGCGAGAAGGACGAGAACACCAAAGAACUGGAAUCUCCGUCCUCAGCGAAGACCACGCCCUGCUCCCCCACUGAGCGUCACAUGAGUCGCAGUAACCAAUCAUGCGGCUCCUUCUCCAUCCCCCACUUCACCACCAGCAAGGAGAACCUGCCUGUGCUGAACACACGCAUCAUCUGCCCUGGCUUACGGGCUGGUCUGGCCGCCUCCAUUGCUGGCAGCUCCAUCAUCAGCAAGAUGCUGCUGGCCAACAUUGACCCGUUCGGUGCCAUGCCCUUCAUCGAUCCCGACCUGGACUCGCUAGAGGGUUACUCGGAAAGGUGUGUGAUGAAUAACUACUUUGGGAUCGGACUGGAUGCCAAGAUCUCCCUGGAGUUCAACAACAAGCGGGAGGAACACCCGGAGAAAUGCAGGAGCCGCACCAAGAACAUGAUGUGGUACGGCGUGCUGGGGACCAAGGAGCUGCUGCAGAGGACCUACAAGAACCUGGAGCAGAAGGUGCAGCUGGAGUGCGACGGGCAGUACAUCCCCCUGCCCAGCCUCCAGGGCAUCGCCGUGCUCAACAUCCCCAGCUACGCCGGCGGCACCAACUUCUGGGGCGGCACCAAGGAGGACGAUAUCUUUUGCGCGCCGUCGUUUGACGAUAAGAUCUUGGAGGUGGUCGCUGUGUUCGGCAGCAUGCAGAUGGCAGUGUCCCGGGUCAUAAAACUCCAGCACCACAGGAUCGCACAGUGUCGCUCGGUGAAGAUCACCAUCCUGGGAGACGAGGGCAUGCCCAUCCAGGUGGACGGGGAGGCCUGGAUCCAGCCCCCCGGGAUCAUCAAGAUCCAGCACAAGAACCGCGCUCAGAUGCUGACCCGCGACCGGGCGUUCGAAAACACGCUCAAGUCCUGGGAGGACAAGCUGAAGUACGACAAGCCCCCGGUGCGCCCCCACCUCUACUCACAGCAGUCCGUCGACCUGGCAACCGAGGAGGAGGCGGGGCUUGUGCAGGCGUGCGCCCGCGCUGCCGAGGAGCUCAUCACCAGGAUCUGCGAGGCGGCCAAGACCAACGGCCUCCUGGAGCAAGAGCUGGCCCACGCCGUCAACGCCUCCUCUCACGCCAUCAACAAAACGCACCCCAAAUUCCCCGAGAGCCUGAGCAGGAACACAGCCAUGGAGGUGGCGAGCACUGUGAAGGCCCUGCACAACGAGACCGAGUCCGUCCUGCUGGGGAGGGUGUCUCUGCAGCUGGACCCCCCCCAUGAGGAGCUGCUGUCCGGUGCGCUGCAGAGUGUGGAGGUGGAGCUGGGGAAGCUGGCGGAGAUCCACUGGCUGUACCACAUCCUGCAGCCCAAUGACGAGGAGGGUCAUGACCUUGAGUACGGCAAGAGGCACAACCGCAGUGCCAUGUUCCGUAUUGUCCCCAAGUUCAAGAAGGAGAAAGCCCCCAAGAAGUCCAGCCCGCAGUCAGUGGAGAGGUGGGGCACUGAGGAGGUGACGGCCUGGCUGGAGCAGCUCAGCCUGGGGGAGUACAAAGACACCUUCACCCUCCACGACAUCCGCGGCUCAGAGCUCCUACACCUGGAGAGGAGGGACCUGAAGGAUCUGGGGAUAUCGAAGGUCGGCCACAUGAAGAGGAUCCUCCAGGGAACUAAGGAGCUGGCCAAGGCCACGCUGGUCGACCUGUGAGUCGGGAAGAACAGGAGGAGUGUGGGUUCCCCCUGCUGGUCCCCUCCCUCCUACCGCUGAAACGGAAACUUCCGGAAGCUCCAGAGCCUUGGGACGGGAAGUCUGAGAGGGAAUUCUCCUGCCGUGUCGCUGGAAUCAAAACUUGGAACGGGAUGUUUUGUUGUUUACAGAAGGUACUGGUGCCAAAUAAAAAAUUGAGUUUGAGUGAAAGAGUUGGCAUAUAGGAUAUGGAGAGAAAGAGAGACAGAGAAAGAGAGAGAGAGAGAGAGAGAGGUAUAGAUCUUAACAAAAAGCCAUUCUACCGUUUCCCACACGUGGCAUAAUCAGGUAUGCAACUGUUGACAGGCUCAGUCCUAAAAAUGAAGAAGAAAAAAAAAAGUAGCAAAUCAGGACUUCCAUGUGAAGUGCACUGUGUGGGGCCUUACAGGGCUAUCACCCUGCGCCCCCACACUGCCUUCAAACAGACCACUGAGACGGGACGGGGGGGGGGGGCACCUUGUCAAAACACCAUUUCUCCACAGACCCGUUUAUAUCACACUAAUGCAGAAGUAGGGGGACACACACUGCAAAUUAACCCAACCCCCCCCCCAAAACAUCUCCUUAAACCAGAACUAAUGAUGCAUGGUUUGCCUUGCUUGACUUGGAUAUCUAUUUUACUGCAUGAUUAUUGUCAGAUUUUUUUUAAUGUACAAGCUACACUUGAACAAGUUUUUUAUGGAUUUAAUGUCAUUUCCAUUUGUUACUACUGAAGUCGCCUUCCACUCAUAACCAAGCCCUUUUUCUAUCCUUUGCAUGGAACCUGGUUGUCAAGGAGCUGUGUUCUGUGAUGUCAUCUGUGCCAUAUUUUCAAGGUUAUUUAUUGUAUAACGUGCUUUAUCGAUAGUGUUCCAGUCCUCCUUAUAAGCAUUUAUUAGAGGAAAGUUAAGAACCUGGAGUUAUUAGUCAAAUUAUAUGAUUUCACGCUAUUAACUUGUGCGUAGUUGUGAAAAUCUUCACCAAAGUGAAUGUCCUGAUAAUUUUAUUAUUUUUUGACAGAACCCGUUUCCCCACUAGUUUUUGUGCUGAAAUUCCAAUUUUGUAUGGACAAUACUUGAAAGAACAAAAAGCAAGGAGUUGCUGUGCUUUGAAAACUAUAAAAACGAAAGACAAAAUAGGCAGUUUUAGGUCUUAUGCAAGUUAAGUUUUUAUGACAACAAAGUAAAAUUGAGCAAUUUAUUAAUUGGACUUGAUUAAAUGGAUAACUCAACCAUCUCAGAUAAGUGUUACUAAAAUAAGGUAGCUAAAAUACAAUAGGUGGUGCACUUCACUGAUUUUCAACAUUUCACAAAGUAAUGAUAUUUUAAGUAGGAAUAGGAUGUAGGUUUUGGUUAAAGUGCUACACUUCUGCAGCGUGUAUAUGUGGCUUCACUGGAAAGUGCUCGGAGCAGUAGGAAAUUAAUGAGACACUCUGAUCUAAAUGAUAAUAAGUUUGGGUAUUUACAGGGUAUAUUUAAGUGCGAUAGUAAGGUUUUAUAUUUAAUAAGAAGUGAAUCCACUUUGAUAUUAUAGUUAUAAGCCUUUAUAGUUUUCAUAUAUAUAUAUAUAUAUAUUAUAAACAGCUCACACAUUUAAUUGUGUGUAUUGCACCAGAACACCAUUAUUAAUUAUUAAUUGUAGGAAUCUGCUCUUUGUUUGAUAUUGUAGAAUUCUGAAGGUGCAAUAUUGUAAUAAUUUACUUUAAUGCCAUUGGUCUCGCUAUUGAUCAAAAUGUGAUAUUUUUCUGUGGAAGUCUAAACGAGCGUUUUGUAAACUGCUCUCCUCGAUUGAUGCGAUAAGGUAGAUGGUUCAAAAUGCUUCCAAAAGCUCAUUGUUAUUCUUGUUGAGUUGUGCUUCCUAGACUUAAAACACAUCCGGCUAAAUGUUUUCUAGCCCAGAUGGAAAACACACAAACACGCACACACACACACAUAAGCUCUGUCGGAUGCAGUUGGCGAAGACAUUUUUACUUUGUGUAUUUAAUCGAAAUAUCAUGCUCUGCGCACUGAAGUUAAACGGACUCCGCUACUGUUAACCUGCGCAAGUGGUUAUACUGCGAUUUCCCUGCAGAGGGCGCCCGUGUAGCACUAUAAGGGAGAAAAAGUCCUAUUAAGAGACAGGAGUUGCUUCCAUCUUCUCAUGUUUGAGACUACUAAAGAAUAUGCAGAUUGUUUCAAUAUCACAAUGUGCUUUGACUGUAGGGUGCAAUGUCAUGGAUGGAACUUUUACUUUUCCAUCACAAGAAUAAGAAGGGAAGGGUGUGUUUAAAACUACAUGAUGGUGUACAGUAAUCCACUGACGUAAUCAUAAUGACGUUAUGCUAUGCCCGUCGGUUUUCAGUGCUGAAACUAAUAGCCUAAAUUAAGCAAGAGACUCAGAUAAUUAGUGCUAAAGUAAGGAACACAGAAUGGGUGUAUGAAAACACCACUAUGCAGUGAUCUGUGUACCUCCUCGAGCUACUGUCUGGCAGCUGACGUUGAAUAUCAAAUAUAAUACCUGAAACACUGAUAUGAGUAAACUGCAUGGAAGUGUUACGGAUAUUGACAAUAAAAAUAAGACAUUUUCUGAUUGCUGGACUUAUAGCCUGGGGAAAACUCAUGUCUUCAUGGGUUUUUCCAUUCUUUUUAAACACAGAUUUAAAAAUCCCCAACACAUAAUUUAAUUUCCGUUUGAAUCCAAGAGGCAGAAUUAUCUGAUGGUCACAGAGGGUUACGUUUAGUCAUCAAAGUGUGUUCAUAUCCAUUGAAUCUCGUGUGAAAGACUCGCAGAACAAUCUGUGUUCAAGACUCAAAUUUCUUAAGCAGCAUCUUUAACUGUAUCUUGAUCUUGAUCUUGUAUCACAUUUCAGAAGAAAUACGACAGUAGCAACAAUGAUCCAGUUUUUAUAUACAAGCACAAAUAUGUUAAUUUCUUAGUUGAAAGUCUUUUCCAGUUUUCUCUCCAGUAGUUAUCAGGCUUGGCCCAACAGGUGUGUUUUUAAUGUUGAACACAGACCCGUUAGUCUAAGUGUGACUUCGAGAGGCUUGAGGGGGAAUUAUAGGAAUUAAAAUCAUGCAAGGAAGGGUUUCAGACAUGGACAUGUGGCUGGGUCCUCUUCAGAAACCUGCAGGUAUGGACUCAGUUCUGUUGAAACAUCUCUGGGAAUUCUUUAAAAAAUUAUGUGGAAUAAUUUAUUGUCAAGUAAAUUCAGAGCUUCAAAUAAUUAUUACUGGAGAAAUGGAGUAAUAUGUCACUGCUUAAUCCAAGGCCUGUUUCUAAGUCUCCCCUUUUGAAGUGAAUCUCUCCCAUCUGACUAGGAAACAUAAAAGCCCAUUCCAAAAACCAAAUGUGACUUGGCGUGUGUAGACAUUUGGGAAAAACUACUGAAAGAGUCAUUAUUUCUAUUGACAGGAUUAAGUGCGUUUUCAAGCAGGCCUUAUUUUGGCACGAAACGGAACGGUAAUCAAAGCCACACCGGGCCAUAAAUAUUUCUGCGAAGUGGUCUGCAAACACUUUCUAGUCUUCUAAAUAUUAUGACCCAUUCUGUACACACUGAAUAUUUCCUCCUACCGAUAGCUAGAUUCACAACCAAAGAUGCAGGUGAAACGCAUACAAGUAGCAACAGUUGUGCUUCACAAAAAUAGCUAUUCUUAUUCUUAUAUUCUUUAGGGAAUGCUCAGAUUUCAAUGUAACUUUUCCAGGCUUUAAAAAAAAAAUAAAAAAUAAAAAAAAGUUUCUAAAAUGAGUGAAAAUACGGAGUUUUAUCUUUGCACACAAGCCAGGGAGACGAACUGAAUUCCCAACUGUGGGAUUUUUCCAGUGAUAAGGAAACUUUAGACACAGCUGCAGUCGGACUGAGGAAACGUCACCUUGAUCACUGUUUGCUGUGAUUCAGGAGAUAUGAAAUCCUCAGUUAAUAACAUCGCCCUGUGCCUUAACCCAGCAAGGCACCGCUUCCAUUCUGUGGCUCAGUAAUGGCCAAUAAGGCCUGUAGGUGAGGGCUGCAUCACAAGAGUUUAAAAUGGAUGCUUUACAUUUCUAAUUAUGUGUGUGUGUGUGAGACACUGGAUGCUGUAUCACAUAUUUCUGCCAGUCCGGACAGUGUAAUUUAAGUCUAAAUAUAUCCUAUUCACCUUUGCAUUUCAGCAGUUCUUGUUUUAUUAUCGUUUUGUUUUGGUUUUUGUAUUUUGUAUUUUAUUGCCAAAAUGGGACCCACUCUUAUUUGUUGGUUCUUUGUUUUCUGUUGAGAUGUUAGCUCAGUUUGUUUCUCCUUUAAGAAACUUUACUGCCAUUAUGGUCCCAUACUUCAGUGAACAUUUCAGCGCACGCACCUCAUAAAGACUGAUGGAGCUCGAGUGGACUGAAUAAUAUGUGUGAAUACCUGCCCAACACUGAUCUGAUUAAUGAUUCUGGUAACGUUUAUGUUUAAAAUAUAAAAAUGAAAUUAAAAGCUGCAAAACUGCCUGGUGUGAAAACCACCCCGUAUGAGGAUGUUUAAGAACAGGAUAACAUACUCUGACACGCUUUCUAAUACGGAGAAUGAGGUGAGGUUCAUUUGUUUACAUUCCGUUUACAAUGGCACAGAUUAAUUUUUAAUAUUCUGUAUAAGUAUAUUCCAUAUUUGCAUAUUUAUUGCCUAAGAUUAAACAAACCAAUGUGUAAUGUGUUUUCACCUUUGGAAUAUAAUGUUACAGUAACUUGUAUAGAUAUAAGGGUGACUUUGGUAAAGUAGUACUUUUUAUGACUACUAAGUGACUGUUUUCUGUGCCUUUUUAUUGUAGAAUGCAUGGUUAACUAUUUAUUACAAUAUGGAAGUCACUGAGAUGUGUAUUUUUGUAUUCUUAUUAAAUUAAUGGUUCAACUUUGUUGUACAUUUUGAGAUGCCUUAAUGCAAAAGGCUCCUGGUUAAUAUCUUCCUACUUAAAUAAAACAGAAUGCAUUAA